UUCGUCCUAGUUUGGGACUCCUCAUCAACACUAGAAAUCGCGGGGUUAAAUAGUACUAUUAGAGGUCAUAUUUCACUAGGCUUGAGCAAAUCGAAUAAGAAAAAUUAUAUGCAUUAUAUUGAUAGAGGCUUUUUGGCAGCCCAAAUUUUAAGCAAGCCGCCAAUGUGGUGCCGACAGGAACGCAUAUACUGUGAGCAGAUAUACUUUGAGAUACAGAUUUUAGUUACUCCCAUGAGUAUGAAUUCGAAAUGCAUGAAUGCAGUGACUACAAUUGAACAUCUUUACGGAUCUGUACCAUUCAGUUGAUCUGACAUUUCAGUAGUCUCCUCUUAACUCGGUUAAUAGUUACAUGAAUAUGUUGACACGAGGUACAUUGGUGUAAUUCGUUGUCAAUUGAAUUCUAACUAAAAUGAUUCUGGUUAGCAUACAUAUGUUAACAAAAAAAUUUAAUUCAUUAAGAAAAUAAACUAAUUUCUGUUGGAUUUUCGCCUUCAUCAGUUACAAGGCUAUCAAAUUAUAUAAUACGACCAAUUUAAUUAGGAAAUAAACCAGUAUGCAUAAUAAAAGGCAGUGAAGUAACACUUAUCCCCUCAUAGUCGUCAAUUUUAUAACAUGAUCGAGCUAUUUAAUACUUUUUUCAAUGUAUUGUAUGAUACAAAUUUCAUUAAUUAAACGUUUGUCUUAUUUCAGCGACACUGUAUGUUCCAAGACAUGUCUACUGGUUGUAUGGUGCAACAUUUACACCAAGGGAACAAUUACAUCAGAUAAUGGCUGGUCGAGGAAUGCAGCUGCGUGUUACUGGAUUACGUGACCCAGUCAAUGUAGCUGGUGUUUUCAUCGGUGUCACUUUAGCCUCACCUUAUAUAAGAACAUGGCCUCAUCUACUAUCCGGAUUGUUAGGCUCAUCAGAAGUCUCUUUAUUCAGACCAUUGUAUUUGGUAGACAGACCUAUACUUGAACAUAUUGGUUGUUUAAUAUAUGCUCUACCGUCUUCCAUUCGUUGGGGUAGUACAGUGAUAAUCAGUUCUUUCAGACAAUAUCCUUGGUCGUUAGCCAAUCCACCAUCGAAAUCUUCUUCGUCAUAAUGAAUAGAGACUAUACUAUGUUAUGUGAUGUCACUUAGACAAAUGCACUACUCAUUUUGCAGCACAUGUAUUCAAAGAAUAACUCAUCACCUACUUACAACCUUCCCAUUCUCACCAUUUCAACAGAAUAGUUCAUCCACUUAUAUCUACCUAUAUGUACUUAGAUUUCCUGUUAAUUUCACGUCAUUUUCUAUUUCUUUAAUAGACAAAAUUCAAUGCUAUUUUUCACAUUUACUACAUUUUUGGCUGUUGAAUUGACUAUCUUUGUCCUCGUGUCAAAGAGGUUCCCUAGAAGUGACGCAGAGUUGUCUUCUUUACCCCCUUCUACUCUGUGUUUUUACAACUCCUGUGAUAUAUAUUUUCCUAUUAGUGUUUUCAGUUUGCUUACAGUGUGCUUAAAUUGUAAAGAAAAAAAUAGAGUUUAAAAUAGCCAAACGAAAAUAUUAACAUUUUUUUUCUAGUCAGAUUGUGUAUACAUGUUAUAAUCAAUUUUGUGUUAAGAAGAGAGAGAGAGAUUAGUAAAUAUCUCGUCUCCUCUCCUGUAUGUUUGCACUCAUCUCAGCACACUCUGAACAAACAAAAUAAACAGUGAUGUACUGAUUGAUACGAAGACACAAUUAUAUUGGCAUUUCUUCACUGCACACACUGUUUAUUCGUUUACUUGUUUGUUUGUUUGUUUGUUUUCAUCAUUUUCCUACAGUCAUGAAUUUAUUCUGCAGAUUUGUAUUCAGCGAGGCGUGAAAUAAAGUUGUUUUUAGAAAG